AUGUGUACGGUGUGUUUCGUUUCAAACCGAGUGUUUUCUUUUUAAAUUAAAAUUAUUUAAGUACUCUUAUACAUAACAAUGUCGGAAGAAACAGAAAACAGUGAAAAUGAAAGUCGGCAUUCUGAGGCCGAAGAUCGAAUAGAAGAAAAAACUGAAGAACCCGAAGAAGAUAGUGCAACAUUCAAAGAUUUGGGAUUAGUGGACGUAUUAUGCGAGGCGUGUGAGGAAUUAAAAUGGAAAAAACCUUCAAAAAUCCAAAAGGAAGCCAUCCCAGUAGCUUUACAAGGCAAAGACAUUAUUGGCUUAGCAGAAACAGGGUCAGGAAAAACGGGAGCGUUUGCGCUUCCGAUUUUACAAGCUCUACUGGAAAGUCCACAAAGAUAUUUUGCCCUUAUUUUAACACCUACUAGAGAAUUAGCAUUCCAGAUUUCAGAGCAAUUUGAAGCCUUAGGAGCGAGUAUAGGAGUGAAAUGUGCAGUAAUAGUGGGAGGAAUGGACAUGGUCGCACAAGCCCUAACACUUUCAAAGAAACCUCAUAUAAUAAUUGCAACACCUGGCCGGCUGGUUGAUCAUCUGGAGAACACUAAGGGAUUCAAUCUCAAAGCUUUGAAGUACCUUGUGAUGGACGAAGCGGACCGCAUCCUGAACAUGGACUUCGAAGUGGAGGUGGACAAGAUACUGCGCGUGAUACCGCGCGAGAGGCGCACGUACCUGUUCUCAGCCACCAUGACGAAGAAAGUGCAGAAGCUGCAGCGGGCCUCGCUGCAGGAUCCCGUGAAGGUCGAGGUCUCCACGAAGUACCAGACGGUCGAGAAGUUGCAGCAGUACUAUGUCUUCAUACCGGUCAAAUAUAAGGACGUGUACCUCGUGCACAUAUUGAACGAGCUAUCCGGCAACACGUUCAUAGUGUUCGUGGCGACGUGCGCGAACGCGCUGCGCACGGCGCUGCUGCUGCGCGCGCUGGGCGUGGCCGCCGUGCCGCUGCACGGCCAGAUGUCGCAGCAGAAGCGGCUCGCGGCGCUGAACAAGUUCAAGAGUAAAGCGCGAUCCGUGCUCAUUUGUACGGACGUCGCGUCUCGUGGUCUGGACAUCCCGCACGUGGACGUGGUGGUGAACCUGGACAUCCCGCUGCACAGCAAGGACUACAUCCACCGCGUGGGCCGCACGGCGCGCGCCGGCCGCGCGGGGAAGGCUAUCACCUUUGUUUCGCAGUACGACGUGGAGUUGUACCAGCGCAUCGAGCAGCUGAUCGGCAAACAGUUGCCGCUCUACAAGACGGAGGAGAGCGAGGUGAUGGUGCUGCAGGAGCGAGUGGCCGAGGCGCAGCGGCUCACCAAGAUUGAAAUGAAAGAGCUGGAAGACAAAAAGGGCGCAAAGGGCAAGAAGCGCGGCGCCGAGUCGGACGACGACACGGAGGAGGCGGCCGGCGUGCGCAGGCGCAUCAAGGGGAAACCCAAGCACGCCGGGAAAAAGAGACGAUGAAUAUACGUUUUAUUAUAUAUA